GAGAGUGUGUAUCCAAUACCUCGGGGCGGCCGGCUGUUCUGAAGCCACUGUUCACGGUGCCCGGCUACCGACAGUGCUCCGUUCAAUGCUGGCCGAGGCAACGAUGAAACUGCAGCCGGUUCUGAUUCUCUGUGCGGUUCUCAGCACCAUUGCAAGUAGUGCAGCCAAGCCCGGGCCGAGUAACUGUGUGGCCGCCUGCACCGGUACCAAUUAUCUGAAAUACCAGAAAGGGUUCCGGUAUACCUACGAGUACACGACAGUUGCAAAUACCUUCUUGCAAGGAAAUUCUCAUGAGAGUGGUGGGCUUACGGUUGAAUGUUUGGUGAAUAUCGAUAUUCUUGACAAGUGUCACCUCAUCUUAACGCUCGGGCAAACCAGGCUUAAAGGAUCGAUGUCAAACAAGGAAGAGCUUGUUCCAGGUCACGAGAAACUAAGAUCUGCCCUCGAGAAACAUCCACUUCAUUUUUCUUUUCAAGAUGGGAUCAUUCCUGAGAUCUGUCCUGCAGAAGAUGAGGAGACCUGGUCCCUGAACAUCAAACGAGGAAUCCUCAGUGUUUUCCAAGAUUCGUACACAGUGAACAAAAAGGCAACAGUUGAAGAGAUUGAUGUUUCGGGCAAGUGUCCAUCUACAUAUACGGUGCAAGGUUCUCUCCUUGUGAAGUCUAAAGACCUGAACCGUUGUUCCCUGCGUGCGACGGCCAUCACUUCACUGCAGUCAGUUGUUCUACCAGAUUCCACAUCCCACCAGCAGAUCCUGGAUUCCCAGCUGGAGUGUGUCCAGAGCUACAAAGGUGGAGUGAUUGAUGUAACUACUUGCAGUGAAUCAAACGUCUUUCGACCUUUCUCCAAAGAAGGUAAAGGUGCCAAGACAGAGAUCUUCACCACAAUGAAACUUUUGAAGAAGGAAGCAAUGACAUCCGUGCCCAGAGCAGUGGACCUGAAGCCAUUGCGACACAGUACUUUGCUGUUUGAGAGGGAACGUGAACAAGGGAAGAAAGCACAGUUUGCAAGCACAGAAAGAGGAGCAGAGGCAGUGAGACAACUCUGCUCAGCCAAAGGCAUGACCUUGGAGUCUGCAGAUCUUUUCAUGUCCCUGCUGUUUGAUCUCCGGAGAUUUUCCAUCGGUGAUCUUCGAGACUUGUGGCAGCGAACAUCAUUCAAGUGCCGAGACAAUUGGCAGCCUUUGAUGGACACUUUACCAGCCUGUGGAACCGAAGCGUGCAUCAGUUUCCUGACGGAACUCAUUCUGUCCGAAGAGCUGGAUAAAGAUAGGACGGACACCUUUCUGUGGUCCUUGGCUUUCAUCCCAGAGCCAACAGCGUCGAUGGUCACCACAAUCACUGCUUUGAUGGAAUCACCAGAUGCAAGCAGACAGACGUUUCUCGGAGCUUCUUCACUGCUUCAUAACUUUUGCUCGAAGCACAGAAGAUGCCAAGCAGUAGUCGAGGUGCAGAGGUUCAUGCGGAUUCUGGAAACCCACAUUCAAGGAAACUGUAAAGCUCGGGAACCCGUGAAACGUGAAAAGGUGCUGCUGUCCUUGAAAGCCAUUGGAAAUGCAGGGCUCGCUGCAAGCACGCUGAUCCCGACUCUAAACAAGUGUGUGCAGUCCAACACCAACCUGCUACAAGUGCGACUGGCUGCCGUUUAUGCUUUCCGACGAAUUCCCUGCGAAUUUGAUCGCACUGCGUUAGUUCAACUGUACCAGACGAUGGGCGAAGAUGCAGAGCUCCGAAUCGCGGCAUACUCCAUAUUAAUGAAAUGCCCCAGCGAACAACUAUUCGAAAUAGUUGGCCUGACUCUACGGAAAGAAAGAUCCAGUCAAGUGGGCUCGUUUGUGUGGACCCAUUUAUCGCAACUAAUGGAAACCAGCGACCCUCUCAAACAGCAGCUGAGGGACUCUCUUCCAAGUUAUAUCAUCAGCCAAGACUUUGACCUGGAACACUGGAAAUAUUCAUCGUACAUGGAUGCCACUUUCCUGUCAGAGCCAGUCUUUGUCGGGGCAAACAUGGAAGCUGCCCUUGUUUUCUCUCCAAGUUCCUUCUUGCCUCGGUCAGCAAUGGUAAACCUCACCGUGUUUGCGAUGGGCCGUGCAGUCAACCUCAUGGAGGUUGGCGUUCGGGUGGAAAAUGCGGAACAUCUCGUACAGAAGAUAUUUGGUCACAAGCAACCCCCGUUUAAGGACAGUCCCAAGCAAGCGAGGACUCCGGGGAAAAAGUGGAGAUUGAGAAACCCGGCAAAAUUUUCCGUCCGCCCUUUGAAUAAGAAGGGAGUUGUGCCAAGACACGCCACGGGCAGAUCGGCGGCGGCAAGGUACCAGGUGGAGAAACGCAAGCCUCAACGAGCAAACAAAAGCUGUCAGAAUGGGGAUUAUACCAGAAUCAAUGAAAUAGAGGCCAAGUUUACCAAGAGAAUGGAGAAAAGGAAUAAGAAGCUGAGUUGUGGCCUGAGCAUGAAGAUAUUUGGAAAUGAACUGACAUUCUUGGACUGCAAUGAUUUGAGGAUGCAAGUGAAGCAAUACUCUUUAGAUGUGGCUGAAAUCGCAAUAAAACUCUUAAAGGGCCAAGAAGUUCAGUACAACAGAAGGACAAGUCUAGCAACCGAGAAGUUGACAUUUUCAUCCAUUUCGGGGCUCCCGAUUAAACUCGCUGUGAAUGCAUCUGUUGCCGUCAACAUCAGAGUUAAAGGGAACGUGGAUCUUAAACAGUGGACAGACUUUGUCAUCACUGGUUUCAUCAAGCCUAGUGCUCAUGUUCAUGUGUCUGCCCACAUGGGACUUGAUGGGACCGUCGGUAAGGCUGGUUUGGAGUGGGUGGCUGGAAUGAGGACACUGACGAGCCUGGACGGUGGGAUCCAGCUGAAGAGAGGACAAGACCUGAAAAUCUUCCUCAACACACCGCAGGAAACGAUGGAGAUCGUCGACAUCAGUUCGAGACUUUACACUGCAAAUCCAGGUGGGAAAGAGGAGAUUAUUGGGUCUCUUGAUCGGACAGAAGCGAGGACAUGCAGUGAAGAAGAAUUUUCCAGACAAAUUGGGUGGCAGAUUUGUUCUGAGAUGUCAUACCCUUCCGGAAGUUCUGGCCUUGCGUUCCCACUGUCUGGCCCUGCUGAAGCAUCAGUUAUGCUCAUCAAACGAGACAAAGGACUACACCAAUAUCUGCUGGAGGCAGCUUACUCCUACGCCACGCAGAAGAACACCUGGUUUCCCGCGGAGGUGGUGGUGCACUUUUUCAUGGGAACCCCACAGUCAGACGUCAAGAGGGACAUAGCUGUUGAUUUUCAUCUGAACUACUCCAAACGGAAGCUUUCAGCCAAAAUUGUUCAUCCAAAGAAGACAAUAAAAAUACUUGGAGAAAUGUCAAAAAUAAAGCAUACUCGCAAAGGAAAGUUUGAGGUUCUCAUUGACGAUCGAGACUUGUAUUAUAUUAAGGGAUGGACCAACUUGCAAAGUCUUGAUGGAGAGCAGAUGGUUUUCUCCCAACUGGAAGCCAAGUUUACGAAGCAUGGGAGUCCUAUAACACUGUCUGCCAACGUAACCCGAGUCCCCGGACAGAAAAUAGCGUUUCUUGUAUCACUUAACAAUGUAAUGAAAGAGACAGCUACUGUAUCAGUUCGUUUGGAGCAAAAGCUUGAUGAGAAGCAAAGGCUGUACACGGUUGAGGCAGACACCUACCUUCCACGCAUUGUAGGCUGCCAAGUCAUUGGAUUCUUGCAACAAAGAGGAACCACUUGGUCUUCAACGCUGCGAGCAAGAUACGGGCUCUUCGGUGACGCCCUGAAUCUUCAACAUGAAUGUAACAUGGCUGAGAAAAUAAAGAGGGAGGCUAGCCCGAUGGAAACGUAUAAACUCCAAGUGCAACAUGAGUUUCACUGCACUCAGAUCACAUCCUAUAAUCACAAGCUUCAUCUCCAACACGAGGAAAAUGAAUCUCGGACUCACACCCAGCUGGAGAUCAACUACGGGAAGCACUGGGACGAGAUCAAUAACAGGAAAAAGAUAUUCAUCACUCAGUUGUUCAAAAAUGACUCCAGCCUCAGCCUAACCAAUUACUUCAUGGAGUUCACAUUGCAAAUUCCAGAGAAGCAGAUUAACUACAAGACUCAGCUGCAGCAUUCCCACUUGCUGCAGGAUUAUUCGGAGAGCAACACCCAUGCCAAAGUACUCUACAAUGACAAGAUCCCGUUCCAGGCAGGCCUUCAAUGGAAAGAUACCUCUAAACCUAAUCUAAAGAAAUGGGAAGGUUCACUGAAGGUGGACACUCCGUGGCUUUAUCUCCAGACUUCACACAAGCUGAGCCAGCCUCACGUUCGUGCUUACCAGUCGAGUGUCGAGAUUACAGCAGCCAAGGCCAUAUCGGUGAAGAACCUGGUCAUCUACACCUACUACAAGAACAAAGGCAACAAAAGGGACGGGAGAAUCCACAUUCAUACACCCACCACCACUUACUUAAAGGCAUCUACUGUGGCCUACAUCACUGAGACCUUGUUCAGGAGCCACAGUGAGAUGGUCACGCUUUGGAACCUCCCAGUUAAGAACAAAAUCCUCCUGGAAAAUAAAGAAAAACUGAAGACCUUGUGGUUUUGGAUAAAGCACCAGAAAAAGAUGCUUAAUGUCACCGCUAACUAUGUGAGCAGAGAGGAGCCAAAGAAGAGUAAGAGUCUAUCGGUGGUGGCCCUGUGGACCAUCAGUAAGGGCCCACCUUUGGUGAUGCAGUUGAAUGGACAGAUCGAGGAGCUGAAGAGGGAGAAGAUGAUAUUCCAGAACCAUGCGUCCAUCCAAUUUAGACACCCUUUUAAGCUGCCAAUUCCACAGAACACCCUUCUGCACGAGACCUUUACGGUGGAUAAGAGGAAGAUGCAUUAUGUGUUGGAAGUAAAAGCCUUGGUGAAUGAGAAGGAGGAAACUGUUCACAGGCUCACCCUUGGAUACCAGCCUGAUAAACCAUUUGUUUGUGUUAGCCUGACGCACCCUUAUAAAGGUGAAGUAAUUCCAAAGAGCGUGGAGGUUUGCGUCAAAACAAAGAGUGACCAUGCUGCAACGUUUGAAGCAGAAGCAACAAUGAAAAUCAACAAGAAAGAUGCUCUGACACUUCAUGGCCAAUAUCAGAAUAAAUCUACUGACACGGAUUUGUGGUAUCUUGUACACUUUGACACAGAGCACAGUCUACAGUUAAGAGUUCCACAUGCUUUAAUGCUGGAUGGGGAAUUGUUCAUGAUGCAAAACAAGAAUGACAGUUUUAAUUAUGGAGCUAAUUGCAAAUUUGCCUUCAAUAAGGAUAAUUCACAGUUCUCUAUUCAGAUGAAUGGAUCCUCCAAAGAGAUACAAGUUUUCUCGGAGUUAACUCAUCCCUACCAAUCAGCAAAGCCGUAUACUUUCCAGGUCCGUGCCACAGCGAAGAAUUACCGUGAGACUAAUUACAAUGGCACAUUCUACCUGCACUCUAAUGGUGAAGACCUGAUGGUAACAGAGUUUGACGUGGUGAAUGAGAAUACGAGGAAUGUCAGGAUUCUGGGCAUUAAAGCUGCUCUUCGCCAGCACUUGCUUGCUGCUCCUGUGAACAGCCGAUUUCAAAUAACAGGGAAGGCGCACAAUUUGAGAUUCUUACUGGUUUCCAGUCUACAGUUGGAUGAGCAAACGAUUGUGGUAGAUCUAAUGGGUUUGAAGGAGUACCAGGAAGGUUUGCACAUGACAUUGUCGGGAACUGUCCAGCACAAUAUAACUAAUGGGCUGAAAUUCCCACAACUUCUGCAUGUGGCCGCAACACUAAAUCAACAGAACAAUAGCAAUGAAGGCGACCUUAAAAUUGAAAUUGGAGACAUCCUUUACAGGGUUCAUCUUCAAAAUGGCAAUACUUUCAGCAGCACCAGCGCCCAUGAGUUGAUUCUCACGUUGACCCAAAAUGGUAGUAUGACCAUCCCAGCGACAUCAGAGUUUAAAGGACACCUGGAGCUUGGACAAGAAUCAAGGCUGGGCCAGGCCUGUUGGAAGGCGGAUGAUAGGACGAUGUGCGUCCAGCUUUUACAGGUGACCAAAACCAACCAAACCAAGGUCACUGGUAAAGUGACUCACAACCUGGAAGAACUGAUAGCAACAGGUUUACCUGCGGAUGGGGAGCUCUCUCUCAGUUACGACCGUGUGAACAACCGCCGUGCUGUUAAAAUUGAAGCGCAGAGCGGCAGUAAACACGCCCAAGCUUCUGUGGAGAUGGAGAGAACCUUUACAGGGACACCCAUUUACCAGGUUACUGCUGCUUUCCUGCACAGUGUGGGGGAGCUGGAAAAACUUGGCCUCCCAUUCACAUCCACUGGAACCUAUUACUAUCAGAAUCUGAGGAAUGGAUACAUUGCCAAUGUGAAAGUGAGACUGGAGAAGCAACACCUCAGAGCAGCAAUAGAGCAGAGGAGUACCGUGAGAACGAGAGAGGUCUUCUUAUCAUUUGACCAUGAUAUAACAGUGUUGGCCGAUCAAAUACCAGCUACAAUACAGGUAAACUGCAGCGGUGAAGUUUCCCUUAAACUCCUUUUGGGACACUGUUCUGGAACUGUUGGCAUGAAGCCUUUUGAGGAGGCAAUGCCGGCAAGAUUCGCACUGAACGGAACGAUGAGAACGGACCAUUUUGAAGCAGAUUUCAUCGGCCACCUCCGAAUGGACGACAAAUUUGCCAUCAUCGAAAUGCAGACCAUAUGGGCUUUGAACCCCAGCAUUGACAUUGGCUUCAGGCACUCUCUCCCUUCAAUCGCCACCAUGGGCAUGCCAACAGAGAGCAGGCUUCUGAUCCGAGCAAGCAGGGCGAACCAGCCCGGGGCGUCUCUCGAGUUUUCCUUUGGGGAAUGCAGCUUGAGAGCUCUUGGUGACUUCAAUGGUCCCGGCAAUAGGAAGGAGGGAAUAAAAUCCAGCUGGUCGGCUUCUCUUAUGAACAGAUGCCCCACCCUUGAGAGAGUGGGUGUUCCGCUGAAUCUGGAGACCAAUGGCUCCUUGGAUCUCAAGAGCUGCAACAUGGCAGUGAAAGCAAACGCGCUCAGUGAUGACAUAACAGCCGAGCUUCACGUGGAAGCAUCGUGUGAUCCCAAGUAUACGGUGCUGGGGCAUCUGAAGCACUCCGUCCCCCAGCUGAGACGUCGAGGCCUUCCCAGCGAGAGUCACAUCCUCCUGUCUGCUGCAAACGGAGAGAAAAUGGACGGUUCUUUCCUGCUGCAGUCCGGCAAUUGUAAACUCCGUGCCAGUGGCAACGUGAGUCCUGGCACAAAAGCAGAAUGGAUGUGGGUCACGGAAUCGGACUGCCAAGUUCUACAGAACUUCAUGAUACCGGCCCAUUCACAAUGUAACGGGUCCAUUCAAAUCGACGGCUGCAAAGGGGAACUUCGAACCCACAUCCAGUUCGACGGUAAAGGUGCUUCCUUGGAGCUGAGGUCGGAGUGCGACCCAAAGGUCAACGUCGAGGCCAUCUUUGAGCACACGUUGCCGCUGUUGAAAGGAAUUCCAGCCCACAACAAGCUCUUGUUCGCAGCAGAAAAUCGGCACAAAUCAGAGUUUGAGUUGGACUUGAUGUUGGGCACGUGUAAUCUUCUAGCGAGUGGAGGUCUCCAAGUGAAAAAUAAAACGGAAAUCAACUUUUUGGUAGAUAAUAAAUGCAAAAAGCUCCAGGAACUGGGAGCGCCACUGAAGAUCGAUGGAUCCGUGUAUAUUGUUGUAAAUGGAGUCAGCUUUGAGUCCCAGAUGCAGAUAAAUGUUGAUCAAACCAAGCUAGAAGGUCAACUGACUCUAAAGGCUGGUGCUAAUAAGCAUGAGGUCGAUGCUUCGUUGUUGCACAAUAUUGAAGGUGCCAGGCGGCUUGGCAUUCCAGGAAAUACAGUUGUCGUAUUAACAGCUGAGAAACAGUAUAACACCUACAAACAGUCUGUCCGAUUUAUUAUCGAUACCAAGCAGAUAAUGGAAGAUUUGAUUUUUGUUCACAAAGCACAUCAUAUUUCAUUGAGCUAUAAGCUUACUCAUAAUAUUGAGUUACUGAAGACACUCUUAAUAGAUGACCACAUUGAUGUACUGGUCAGUGCUAACCUUCAAGGGGUUGCCCCGAAUCUGGAGGGAUCUGUUCAAAUCAUUGUGGAUGGCUUGAAGUCCAUUUCAUACGCAUUCAAUACUUACGCAUACGAUGAACAGUUUAAGUUAAUUAUUAGAAAUAAUCACAACAGUAAAAGCCUAGCGAAUGCUGGUUAUCCCAAGGAGAUCGUGCUUGUGCUAAAUGCUCAAAGAAAUGAUACCAAAGUGAAUUCAGUGUUUGACAUUCAGUUUGAUGCCAAGAGUAUGAAGAUAACUUUGAGUGCCUCCAGACAGUUUGUGUUGGGCACUCCCAUUGAAUUGAAUGCUGGAGUUCAGCAUACAAUCCCAUUCAUCAAGAAGCUUGGGCUCCCCUUCACUGUCAAGGCGGAAUGCAGUGCGAUGCUGAAGGACUCUGACUUGGGUGCAUCUUUGAAUCUAAACUAUGAGCCAGCAGGCAACCUGAUUGUACACGUGGAGGGGAAGAAUCAACAAAGCAAUAAAGAGCUGCUGCUGAUCGUGUUGCAAAAUCUUCCAAUCCUUAGUUAUCUUCCCGAAGCGCUAGAAAUAGAACCGAAGGUCAAUUAUUCUUCAAACAUGAUAACAGGAUCUCUGAAUAUGAUCUUGGAUAAGAGCAAAUUGAAUGCUGUCACUGUUUUCACCAUUGGAGAUUCUGGGUAUGGUGAGAUUUUGGAGAUGGCUCACACAAUUCCCCAGUUGAAAGCAAUUCCUCGGAAGCUAGUCUGUAACACAGAUUACCAUAAGAAUGGACGCACCUACAGACUCAGUCACAACUCUAUUUGUGGGGACCAGGAGCUGAGGUUUUUAGCAAACUACGGUGGACCUUUCCCCAAGAUCUUUGGACGGCAUGAAAUUCAUGUGGAUUUGGCUCAUCCAUUUACCGUUCCAUUACCUCGGCAGUUCCAGGUCCACAUGAACCUUUCUCAUUCGCUCCUCAGUCACCAGGAUGACAUUGUAAUCAACUGGGACAAGAAGGAUCAGGUGGUCCUUCAAGCUUCUCUCGUGUUGGACGAUGAUCGUCUGGAAAGUGAAGCCAAACUUCAACACCCCUUCAAGUUCCCCUUGGAAAAGUUUCAUCUCAAGUGUCUUUCUGAAAGGAGGGGACAGAAAUACAACCAGAAGGCUCGGGUUGCUUGGAAUGGCGGCCGUCCGACCGAUCUGAAAUUUACACUGGAAUACAAAAUGGAAAGCAAUUUGACGGUGUGGGACACUUGUCUCGACUUUUCUUCAGGCCAGCUGCAGCCCUUCCUCAACAUACAAUCUUUGCACAGUUGUGGAUUUGCCAAACAGACUCGGAAUCUUUUGAUAGAAAGUUUGGAGCUAUACUGGGAUGACAAAAAGAUCAACCAAAGCUUUGAGUAUCAGAAUCACAGACCAAUGAGAUUGGACAACAUCUGGAUUGCUGCCACCUUCUCAAAUAUUUUCCAGCCAUCUUGUGGCAGGCAGGACAUACUUGGUAGGAUCCAAACCGAUUACCGCAGUCAGCUGAACCAUUACCUGAAAGUGGCCUUCUGUAACAUGUCAAAUUCCGUCAAGUUAUCAGGAAGGCACCUGCGAAAUCGAGGAGACGUUGUUUUGUCAUCCCAAACCCGAGCCAGUCUCUCCAGUGAUGAGAAACAUGAUGCCGUGCUGGGACUGUCACUGAGGAAUGGGGGACAGUCUGACUCGAAGAACUACUCUCUUGAAAUGGAGUGGAAGACUUCUGAAUCCAGUCAUCUCGCCCUGUUGGGCACUUACACUGCCUCCCUCCUCAACAGCAGAGCAGCACUGGAAGGAGUAGUCGAUCAGAGUGACAAAAUUAAACUAGUUGCCGUGCACAAGAUGGGUUGUCAGCAGUACUACACUGGAUACACUCGGGGUACGUCGGAUGAAGAGGGAGCAGAAUUGUCGUUUUGCUCCAAAGAAGAUGGAAUCGCCAACGUGGAAUUGUACCGCACUCUGAACCAGACGAGGAAAGGAAAACUGGGCCACCUCUCGUUCGCGGUGGUCAACAAAAGCAUGCAGAGUGUCCUCAGAGUAACAGCCCAGGGCUGCCCACACCUCAUUACCAGGACAGAGACCAAACUUUCUGAAAUUGUUUUCCAAUUUAAGAACCAUUUGCUGAAAAAGCUCAAAGAAUUUGACCUAUUCGUUUGGAAGUUCAGGAAAAACUUUCAGGAUGCUGACCUCCUGUACGAAACGUGUGGUUGGAUGCUGAGACUCUCUCAGAAAACAGCAGACCUUGUCAAGAAUGGUGGAAGAUCAUUUCGCCAGAUGUGGAAGCUGAGCAGAUUGAGGCAACUGCUGCUGCAUGUCGUUCCAUUGUACCUUGCAAAGAUUCAGGAAACAAUACAACAGGUACAAGGAGAACUCAAAAAGCCCAUAGCUACACUAAAGGAGGCUUAUCACGAAGUGACUCUGAAGGAACUAGACCAACAAUGGAAGCAGAAAACGGAGGAAUAUCUGGAGAAAAUUCAGUCUUUUGUCCCCACGGUGGUUCAGGAUGCUUGGCUGCUGGAUAAACUCCAAGGAGCACUUCAUAUUUCCAAGAAAGCAUUUGAUUUGGCCACAAACCAAACGGUGAAGUGGGCAGAGGCAAAAAUCACCAAAGCUACAAGCAGGAUCCAAAAACCACUUGCAAAUCUCUACAAACACUCGUCAGAACAUUGCUCUGUCACAGUGAAUGUGCCUUUGUGGCCAUUGGGAAAACAAUUGCUUGAUGUGGCUAAUAUUACCAACUACCUUGUGGAAACCAAGCUGAUCAAGGGACUCAGGAGCCUGUACAACAUAAACCUGGUAGCAGAAUAUUACAGACUUAAACGCAGGGUCAUGGACACCCCAUUCGAACAUCAAGCUCUCCUCGUUGGAAGCAAACAUUACGUGACCUUCGACGGGAAGAUGUACGAUUUCGCCAGCAAGUGCGGUUUCCUUUUAGCGAAGGACUUCCAGGGGUACUCGUUCACCGUGUUGCUGAACCACGAGAAGGACGGCAGAAACUCGCUUCGCGUCGAAAUGAAUCAGACCGCCGUUGAUAUUUACCCGGGGCUCAAGGUUGAAGAGAAUUGCAAAGCCAGUGAUCUGCCUCUGCUGAAGAAUGGAGUGACAGUCAAAAGGGACCUUAAUGAAGUCACGGUUUCAGAUCAGAAUGGAGUUACAGUAUCGUGUGACAUGCAGCAUGACUUCUGCAGCCUCACUCUUCCCGGAUGGUACCACGGUAGAUCAGCCGGUCUGUUUGGAACAAAUGAUAAUGAAGCUGGAAAUGAGUUCACUCUACCCAACCACUCACAGGCAGAGAAUGUGCAGGAGUUUGCGGAGGAAUGGCAGAUUGAUGCUGGCUGUCACUCGACAGACAAGAAGAUUAAGCAGUGCUUUGGCAGUGCCUUUCAAUACUUCUGCAAGACGUUAUUCAGGAGCACCUAUUCACCGCUCAGAAACUGUUUCAAAGUGGUGGAUCCAGCUCCGUUCUACGACAUGUGCCUGAACGACGUGUGUGAAUCGUCCGACCUUCAGCCGGCCUGCAGCCUGGCCGCUGCCUUUGUCCACCUGUGCCACAGGAACUUUGUUCCCCUGCAAAUUCCCUCACAGUGCGCGAGUGGCAAAGGUGGCGACAGCGUGCUGAACGACGAUGUGGUCGACAGUGGACGAUGGCUAGCGAGGAAGCUGGCUGAUGUACUCUUCAUCAUUGAAGAACGCGAUUGCAAUAAGCCCAUCAUUGCAAAACUUCCUUCACUCAUUAAUUCGCUGGUUGAAACCUUCAGGAAACAAGGUGUAUUAGAUGUCAAAAUUGGUUUCAUUGGCUUUGGUGAUGAUGGAAUCCAUGAGCAGCACAUCCUAACUGUGAAGAGUGAUAACACAACCUCUCCUCCAUGGUACUUGGAGAAGGAGCUGAGUAAUCUGAUGUUCACCCGCAAUGUAACCCUCAAUGUGCCAGCAGCUGUGAAACUGGUAACUCAGUGGCCUUUUCGCAGUGAAGCAAGCAAGAGCGCCAUUCUGCUGACUUGCUCACGAUGUCUUCACACCUACAAGGCGUCUGAAGAUACUCUGCAGUACCUGCUCGAAUCUUCUGGCAUUGUGCUGCACGUGCUGAAGGGCAUGAGGUUCCAGAUGAAGAACGGGGAGAGAGAUGCCAGCAUUGUAAGCAUAGACGCCACCCACCUCUUUCGAGUCGGCAGCGCUGGCCACAGUAAGGAGCGGCCCUCUAAAGCAUUACGCCAUCACAUUGUGUUGCCUUCAGACGAUGUGUGCCUGACGGCAGCGAUGGAAUCCGGAGGAGCUAUAUUCGACUCUUCGCAGUUGCUCAGGCAUAGCAAACACUUUCUGCAUUUAUUUAGCUGCCAGGUCACUAGGAUGGAUACAGCCGGCAUAUGCGGGAGCCACCGUUCCAUUGCAGAUUGAACUGGUUUUGUUUGAUGCAUGUUAAGGCUGUUCGGGUAAUGGAAACUCACCCUUGGAGAAUUUCACAAAUCACUCCCUGAAAAUUUGAGACACAGAAUAAGAAUCGUUCCUGCUGAAUUUAUGUGGGAAAAAAUAAACACUUUUUUUUCGACACACAUUUUUUGAUGCAUGCACAGGUUAGUGUUCCACAAUCGCAGAAUUGUGUUACGCUGAAAAUCAUUAUAUGGCUGCAGCCCUUCCCAGUAACACAAGGCUCAUCUGCAUUUAAGUUGAUUACUUCAUAGCAAAGAGAAUCUCAGACAAUAUAUGACAAUAUCAGACAACUUGUACUAGCAGGAACACAAUGUCAAGAAACCUCUCUAUGUGACUAGAAGUUCUAUUUACAGAUUGCAGAUCAUACUGUGAUACCAUUAUAUAUGUUGCUUUGAAUCACAAAUGAUUUCCAAUUAAUCUUCAAACAAUAAAUAACUCUUUAUUUUUUUUACCCUGUUGUUUCACUUGUACAGUCACUCCAGGAUUAGGUUUAUGUUGUCAAUGUCUUAAGGGACAGAAUAAUCUCAAAGCUCCCUAAUCGUUGUUUUUCUCUUCUCAAAUGUGUUCUUUAAUUAUUUUUUUUUGCCGUGAAGAAUUACUGCUGAUGACGAGAGGGAGUUAGACGUAGCAGCUGAAAUAAACUGCAAACGCCCAGUCCUUCAAGCUGUUUCCGUGACAUUUCGCUUGCAAUAAAACUGAAAGGUGACUCAUACCAGUAAUCACCCACAGUUUUGCCUUGUGGGGGGUUAUAAAACAACAGCCUGCUCUUCAAUCCACUUUAUAUGCUGUGCGGAAAACAGUCUGGAUAUUUGAUACCAGUGCAGUUUAAUUUAGGGGAAAAGUAAAUUGUUUCAUUUGGUCAUUUUCAAAGGGAAACCAAUACGAUCAUUCUUACCGCAUCGCACUCGUGCAAAUGCAAGAGCUUAUUUUGCAUUGUAGUCUACUAAAUAAAACAUAGAACAAUGCUUCUGAAGAAGGGUCUCGACCCGAAACAUCACCCAUUCUUUCCCUCCACUGAUGCUGCCUGUCCCGCUGAGUUACUCCAGCAUUUUGUGUCUACCUUCGAUUUAAACCAGUAUCUGCAGUUUUUUCCUACCCAUAGAACAAUGCUUGUUCUGUAAUGGGUCACAAGGCGCAUUUGAUGAGUGCAAACCAUGCAGUAAAUGAGACGCAGCUCACUUGGCAGCGUUGUACAAAUUCUGAGAUGUUGCGGGGUGAGAUUUUCCCGAACAUGCCUGCAAUGUUGCAGGAAGCAACCCAAGUGUUGCUAUUGACCCUCUCCAGAGGUCACAGUGGUGUGAUAGUUAGUCGGCGCAGUAUAGUUUGAUAUUACUCCCAGUGCAAGUCAGAAGAUAGUUAGGUUACUUGACAAGCUGAGGAUGUUGUAUAACAAUUAUCAUCUGGCACAUCUCGAGGCAUGGGGAAAAUGUGGGGCAAGAGUCCAGAGUGAUUUAUUGUCAUGUGUCCCAGGUAGAACAAUGAAAUUCUUACUUGCAGCAGCACGACAGAAUAUGUAAACAUAGUACACUGUAAACAAUAUAAUAAGCGAGAGGAAAAAAAAGUUCAAUGUGUGUGUGUGUGUGUGUAUACACACACACACUCACAAAUACUCACACACAUGUACAUAUACACACACGUACACACACAAAACAAACAAACAAUAAAUGGUUAUAACGGUGAUGGGAAAAGAAGCCACAACUUUUCCUAUCCAAAGCAAAUACGUGUUAGCAAAACUAAAUGGAAUCGACAUUCCUGGCAAGAGAUGAAACAAUUAUCGAAUAUGAGAGUAAUGAGCAGGACAGUAAAAAUGCAUCUGGUUAUAGAGUUGCAGUAAUAAUUUAGAGAAUUGUAAAUAUCUUAAUAUUGGACAUAUUUCUGUCUCUUCAUUUUGUGUGUUAAAAAAAUGUACUGAAUACUGUUUCUCUCAAAUCAUUUUCUUGCUAAUAAAAAGAAAUGUCAUCUCUUUAUUUAUGUGAGCUGAACUAUUUCUUUUAGCUGCUUGGUUCAAAAGCUCAAUCAAUUUGCUUGAGCGCAGUAUAAAUAAUAUUAUCUGCAGGCUUCCUGAACCGGAUUUCAAUUGAAAUGCACAUAUUUAGAGUCCAGUGAAUGCAAGAUUUCCUUCUGUGCUUUUGAGGCCCAGUUUCUCAGUGUCUCUGUGUUGUUUCUCGCUAUCAAUGUACAUGUUGUUAAAUACUUGGUAGUGGGUUACAGUCAUUAUAAAUCUGUGAUUGAAGGGAACUGAGUCUUGCAAGUAUCUUCAGUGCCCUAGUCGUCCUUUACCUCAUUAAUGCAAUGCACUUUUAUAUUUGGUUGUGUUUAUCAAUUGAUUUUUGACCGGUCAGAAAUGCCUGUGUGCGUCGAGUCUUAAUUUGAUUUGUCGUUGAUGCCAGAACUGUAAGCCAAUUACAUGAACGUGAUGUGUAAAUUUUCAGGCUCAAUUGAGUUUGUGUAACUGAUACCAUCAGUGUUUUUUUGAUAUGUUUAACUUUGUGUUGACAAAUAAACUAAAAAAUAAAUUAAAAA